GGUCGCCGCGCUCCUGCGGCAGCGCGGGCGGCUGAGCCAGAGAGGUUUGUGGGCCCGGUCCCACACCAGGGUUUUUCUGUUUGUCCUGCGAUGGCUGCUGCCGCCGCAAUAGUCACGCCGUCAAGUCUGGAGGAUGGAGUGUCUCGGUCUCGCGGCGAGGGGGCCGGAGAGGUGGUCGUGGAGCGAGGGCCUGGCGCGGCCUACCACAUGUUCGUGGUCAUGGAGGACCUGGUGGAGAAGCUGAAACUGCUCCGCUAUGAGGAGGAGCUCCUCCGCAAGAACAACCUGAAGCCCCCGUCCAGACACUAUUUUGCACUGCCUACCAACCCUGGUGAACAGUUCUACAUGUUUUGCACUUUUGCUGCUUGGUUGAUUAACAAAGCAGGACGUCCCUUUGAACAGCCUCAAGAAUAUGAUGAUCCUAAUGCAACAAUAUCCAACAUAUUAUCAGAGCUUCGAUCAUUUGGAAGAACUACAGAUUUUCCUCCUUCAAAAUUAAAGUCUGGUUAUGGAGAGCAUGUUUGCUACGUUCUUGAUUGUUUAGCUGAAGAAGCAUUAAAAUACAUUGGUUUCACCUGGAAAAGGCCAACAUACCCAGUAGAAGAAUUAGAAGAAGAAACUGUUCCAGAAGAUGAUGCAGAAUUUACAUUAAAUAAAGUGGACGAAGAAUUUGAGGAAGAGGAAACAGACAAUGAAGAAAACUUUCUUGAUCUCAACGUUUUAAAGGCCCAGACCUAUCACCUGGACAUGAACGAGUCUGCCAAACAAGAAGAUAUUUUGGAAUCUACAACAGAUGCUGCAGAAUGGAGUCUAGAAGUGGAACGUGUACUACCACAACUGAAAGUCACGAUUAGGACUGACAAUAAGGACUGGAGAGUCCACGUUGACCAAAUGCACCAACACAGAAGUGGAAUUGAGUCUGCUCUAAAGGAGACCAAGGGAUUUUUGGACAAACUCCACAAUGAAAUCAGUAGAACUCUGGAAAAGAUUGGCAGCCGAGAGAAGUAUAUCAACAAUCAGCUUGAGCACUUGAUUCAAGAAUAUUGUGCAGCUCAGGCCCAGCUGAGUGAGGCAAGGGAGCGAUACCAGCAGGGAAACGGUGGAGUAACUGAACGGACCAGACUCCUGUCUGAGGUUACAGAAGAAUUAGAAAAGGUAAAACAAGAAAUGGAAGAAAAAGGCAGCAGUAUGACUGAUGGUGCUCCUUUGGUGAAGAUUAAACAGAGCCUAACAAAACUGAAGCAAGAAACUGUUCAGAUGGACAUUAGGAUCGGUGCCGUGGAACACACUUUACUCCAAUCAAAACUGAAGGAGAAGUCCAACAUGACCAGGGACAUGCAUGCAACAGUCAUUCCAGAAUCUUCAAUAGGCUCUUAUUAAAACAUAAUUGUUUUCCAUGCUUCUGAUUAGUUGGUUUUUUAUAUCAGACUAUAUAUCAUGUUGUCUAGUUUUCAAAACACAAUUAUAUACUUCUUAAAUUAUGUUCAUCGGGGUUUUAUGACAUGUACAUAUACAUACUGUAUCAUGGUGAUUAUGGAUAGCCUCUAAAUUGAAUACAGUAUUUAAUAAAGUAAUUAAAAAUUUUCAUUUUCAAA